AUGUACACAAGCGACCUCGACGUGUGCAUCGGAGUGCCGUCAGAAAUUCAUGAACGCCGAGUGACUGCGACAUCCGCAAAAGGAUGGGAUAAUAUUGAAGUUGAUGUGGUUGACACAUCCUCGAACGAGUCUGGAGCACUACCAUCCAGGGAAUGGGCUGCGGAUCAUGUCUUGGAGGGGACCAUUGAGUUCCUGGUGUCGAUGCAAGCCACCAAGCCAGAAAUCCUUCGAGGGAUUUUGGUGCAUCGAUUCCUGCAGCAUGCACCGUUUGUGUGGGCUAGGAGAACAGGGCUCGGCACACUCCAUGGGUUGAGCGAGGUCACAACGGCGCUUGAUGAGUUCUGGUCCCACAGCUGGCAGGUUAAAGCUUCCCUGAAGUACAUCAACAUACUACACCGGCACAACAGUUUCCCUGCCUUUGUCGUCGGUACACUUUGUGCCUUCGCCGCUUGGGCACUUCGUUUUGCUGGCAUCCUUUCAGACGAUGAAGCAUCGGGAAUGAUUUCAAGGUUUCGGUCCACUGCCGCCGGUCUCUUGGGCUACUACCUAACACACUGUUCAUCUGGCGGCGGCAAUGUGUCAAGGUUGUGGUGCCUGUUCGAGUUGGCCGCUUUCUUGCACAGCAAAGGAUUAGGUACAGAUGCAGAGAAGCACCUGGAGAUUUGCCCCGUGUUCGUGGGCCCCGCCCUUAUGCUGGGCCAACUUGGUCUCAGCGCGAUGACGACCACAUUGCUCACCUCUCAGGUACCAUGGUUACCGUGGGGCAUGGUCCUAAUUUCCGCUCUUGCAUUCCCAUUCUUCAUGCUGCUCGCAUACGUGAUUCUCGCGCAUUGUCGCAGCAUCGAGAUGGUGCAGGAUCAAGUGCGCCAUUUCACCAUUGGGAACUCGCUUUCGUUUUGUUGCAGCUGUGGUCACGUCCACCCUCAAACAGGUUCCGUGAUGCUGUGUGGUCGCAGCAUCAUUGUCCGUUGCAUCAGUUCUUGGUUCGAGUCUGUCGAGGAGUUCGAAGCCAUUGUGAAAGGCAAGGUGCUGAAGGUUUUGGUCCAUCAGCUGGCGAAUAAGGUCUUCUCGUACUGGCGCAUAGUGCAGGCAAGUUGUCCUCUGCUCUGGUUCUACCUCGACCGGGACCUCGACGCAGGGAGUGCUAGGGAAGCUCGAGUAGCGCUCAAGGUAGUUGCUAUAGCGAGCGCUUACUAUUUCAUGCUUAUGCCAGCUGCUGCAUUGAUUUGCCUCCGCCUAGCCUACAGGAUGCGCAAGUUCUUUCAUGGAAGGUGCCGGAAGUUGCUGUUGUCCAUCGGUCUGGUAGCUGCAGGAGCACUGCUGUUUGCUGUCAGCUGGGCCUUCGAUUUCUUAUUCCUUGAAAGACUUUCAGUUCUUCAUUUCGAGACCGACCUGCCUGGCAACUUUGCUUUCUUGGUAAUCGCUGGAGCGGUCAAUUUGCUGUUGUGGUACUGUCUGCCCGAUGAAACCUGA